GCAAAAGAAAAGCUUGUCCACAGGUCUACAAUUCCAGAUUAAGGGAAGUCAAGAGGCAGAUGCUUCUGUCGGGAUGUGUCAUAGAUUUAACUGCCCUUCCUCCUUACUCCGUAUGUAAUAUAAAGUCAACAGAAGACAUAUCAUCGGUCUUUGCCAAUGACAGCAUUUCUUUUUCAUUUAUUGAAAAUCUCUUUGUUCAAGAGGCAUGGGCGAUUCUGCAGGCCAGAGUUGCAGAAAAAAAAGAGAAAGACCUUUUUACCUGCAAAUCUUGUGCAGAAAGGGACAAUGGGGAGUUUAAAAUGAUUGAGUGUGAGGGGUGUUUAGAGUGGUACCACUACCAUUGUGUUGGUUUGCGUUCCACUUCUAAACCAAAUAAAUGGUUUUGCAUUGCUUGCUGGGGGUAA